AUGUUCACCAACCUGUCGGGUGUCUGUUGGUACGGAUUUGGCUACCUUUGCUGCAGUGGUCCUGGAGCUCGAACUGUGUGGUUUGACGUCUUGGCUACCUUUGCUGCAGUGGUACCACCCUGGCGGGAGUCUUUUGGUACGGUUUUGGCUACCUUUGCUGCAGUACUACUGGAGCUCGAACUGUGUGGUGUGACGGCUUGGUCAUCGGAUAUGUCUGAAGAUGCUUCUUGCAACCCUUGA